AUGGUUCACGUCACUAUCCCAAAGCAUUACACCCAGUCUCCGUCGUCGUUUACGGCGACGCCCUCUCUUACAAUCAAUUAUGAGGCUGCCCAGGACCUUGAUUCGACCAACGCGUUUGAGGGUCCUGAAAAGCUCCUCGAAGUUUGGUUUGCGCCAUCUGCUACCGAGCUUGGUGUCGCAGGCCCAGAGGGCUUGAAGAAGGUCCCCAGUGAAAUUUGGAAGGACAUGCUCAAUCUGGUCAACUGCCAGGUUCUUUCCGUUGUCUCAUCCGACGAUGUCGAUGCCUACCUCCUAUCAGAAUCUAGCAUGUUCGUCUGGCCUCACAAGUUGAUUUUGAAGACUUGCGGCACUACUACCCUACUUUCUGGUCUUCCACGUAUUCUGGAAAUCGCUGCUCUGUUUGCAGGCUUCUCGCGCUCUACAGCUCCUCCAUCCCUCGGUAUUACUAUGGCUGCGGCUCCGUAUCGCGUUUUCUACAGCCGAAAGAAUUACCUGUUCCCUGACCGCCAGCGUGGCCCUCACCGCAGCUGGCGCGACGAGGUCCGGAACAUGGACAAGCUGUUCCUCAAUGGAAGUGCCUACAUGAUCGGCAAGAUGAAUGGCGAGCACUGGUAUCUGUACUUGACUGAGCCACACACUCUGCUCACGCCCCCGGCUAGUCCUCAAGAGCAGGACGUAAACUUUGCCGAAACCGAAACCAAGCUUCUCAACUUCCCGAACAGCGCUCCUCUUCCUGACUGUGAAGAGUAUGAUGAGACUUUGGAGGUUCUGAUGACCGAUCUAGACGAGGACAAUGCGCAGCAGUUCUACCUGGACAAUGCCGCCGCCGUGGCCGAGAAGCGUUAUCGCAACCAGGACAAAGAUGAUGAGCACAUUGACGUUUUCAACAAUGGCUCGGAUCUAGAUGAUACUGUCAAUGAGAACAAUGGCUCUCUGCCAACUGAACUGACCACUGAAGGUCAUGCUCUUGGCACUGUGGUCUCCGAAACCUGUGGCCUGUCGGACGUUUACCCUAAGAGCAAGUUCCCCGAUGCUCGUAUCGAUGCUUAUCUCUUUACACCAUGUGGAUUUUCUGCGAACGGUGUUAUCCCUGCAUCUGACGGCAAGUCCGGGACUCACUACUUCACCGUCCACGUCACUCCGGAGCCACACUGCUCGUAUGCAUCCUUCGAGGCCAACGUCCCGCACUCCCAGAACGGCAAGACCACCGCCGAUAUUAUCCAGCAGGUUGUGAACAUUUUCAAGCCUGGUCGCUUCAGCAUCACUUUGUUUGAAACCAAGCCUGUCCUACCAGAGAACGAAGGAGAUGCCAAUGCAUUCCACGAGGUCUACUCGCAGCGCCAGGCUGCUCGCCGCCAUCCUAAGAAUGAGCAUGUUGACGGCUACCGCCGUGUUGACCGUAUCGUUCACGACCUGAACGGGUAUGACUUGGUAUUUCGCUACUAUGAGCGUAACGACUGGAAAGGGGGGCACCCCGAAUCGGAGAGAAAUUCUGAGGACACUCAAGAUUACUAG